CUUCCCCGCGCCUCCACUCCCCGAUCCCCCAUGCAGUGCGCAUGCUUAGCCAGACGUGGCAGGCGGCGCCGCCGGCAGGCGCGCGGGGGGCGCUGGCUGGGCACCGCGCGCUCGGCAGGGACAAUGCUGCUGCUGCUGCUCGGGCUCCUGGCAGUCCUGCCAGCCUGUCUAUUUUCGGUGAAGGUGUCUCCACUCAUAGAAAAAAUUAGUGACCACAAGGAUUUCAAGAAGCUCCUCAGGACACGGAAUAACGUAUUAGUGCUCUAUUCCAAAUCUGCUGCCACUGCUGAAAGUCCACUCAGGUUACUCUCCGACGUGGCCCAAGCGGUGAAAGGACGAGGUACUAUAGCCUGGAUAGAUUGUGGUGAUGCAGAAAGCCGAAAAGUAUGCAAGAAGAUGAAAGCCGAUCCUAAUUCAAAGGAGAAAGGGGUGGAAUUAUUGCAUUAUAAGGAUGGUGCAUUUCACAUUGAAUAUAACCGAGCUGUCACACUGAAGUCAGUGGUGGCCUUUCUAAAGGAUCCAGAAGGAGCUCCAUUGUGGGAAGAGGAUCCCGAAGCCAAAGAUGUUGUGCAUGUUGACAGUGAAAAGGAAUUCAGAAGGCUUCUAAAGAAAGAAGAAAGACCUCUUCUGAUGAUGUUCUAUGCCCCAUGGUGUGGUGUUUGUAAGAGAAUGAUGCCAUCUUACCAGCAGGCAGCCACAGAACUGAAGGGCACAUAUGUACUUGCAGGAAUGAACGUCCACUCCACUGAAUUUGAAAAGAUAAAGGAAGAAUACAAUGUCCGAGGAUACCCUACCAUCUGCUACUUUGAGAAAGGAAAGUUCCUGUUCCAUUAUGAGAACUAUGGGGCUACUGCAAAGGAUAUAGCAGAGUGGCUGCAAAAUCCCCAGCCGCCUCAGCCACAGGCCCUGGAGAGUCCCUGGGCAGAUGAGGAGAAUGCUGUUUAUCAUCUGACAGAUGAAGACUUUGACAAGUUUAUAAAGGAGCAUUCGUCUGUACUAGUGAUGUUCCACGCACCAUGGUGCGGGCACUGUAAGAAAAUGAAGCCAGAGUAUGAGACAGCCGCAGAGAUGCUGCACGGAGCCAGUGAUAGUCCUGGUGUCCUUGCAGCUGUUGAUGCUACUGUCAACAAAGCUGUGGCGGAAAGAUUUCACAUCUCAGGGUUCCCUACACUGAAGUACUUUCAGGAUGGAGAGGAGAAGUACACUCUGCCGCAACUCAGAACUAAGAAGAAGAUCAUUGACUGGCUGCAAAACCCACAAGCACCACCUCCACCUGAACCAGCUUGGGAAGAAAAGCUAACGAGUGUUAUCCACCUAGAUGGAGAAGACUUCAGGGAGUCUUUAAAGAAGAAGAAGCAUGCCCUUGUCAUGUUCUAUGCCCCAUGGUGUCCACACUGUAAAAAUUCCAUCCCGCAUUUCACAACGGCUGCAGAACUCUUUAAAGAAGAUCGAAAGAUAGCAUAUGCUGCAGUGCACUGUGCCAAAGAACAGAACCAUGAUCUGUGUAAACAGGAAGGUGUGGAUGGUUACCCCACCUUUAACUAUUACAACUAUGGGAAGUUUGUAGAAAAAUAUAACGGAGAGAGAGGGGAGUCUGGAUUUGUCAGUUUCAUGCGAACCCUUAGAGAAAGAGACCAUGAAAGGGUAGGGAAGAAGAAGGAUGAACUGUAAUUUCUGCCUCAAAAGAUGUUUUCCACUGCACUGUGAAUGGUCCCAGGUCCAUUGUUACUGCACCUGAGAUUUCACAUAUUCUGAAGAAAGAGACUUAAAAAAAAUAAAAAAUAACAGCCAUGGCCAUUUUGUACAAUUUUGAAAUAAAAUGAAACUACUUGAUUUUUAAAGGAAAACAGAUUGUUGCCAUAUUCUGUUUAAAAACUAGCAUUUUCUCAUGAUGUGAGAAUAUGCCCAUCAACACUCCUAUGCAAUAUUUUUGUAAUCUGUAGUGUGUCUUCAGGUGAAGAUGUUUGAUACGGUGAUUCUGCAUUUUUUUUGAAGGGUAUUACAAUUCAUGUAAUAACUUUUUUUUUUUUUUUUAAAUCGGUGGAGGAAAAUGGGACUUUUGAGAAACAUAAAAAUCAGUUCAAAUGCAGUUUUGCAUGUUCUUCAGAGAUGUUUGGGGGAACAAUUUUAAGGUGCUCAGGGAUAAAUAGGGAAAUUGAGUUAAUGAAGACACUUAGCAUUGACCAUUCCAGAUCUAACUGAUUGAUUUGAUUUUUAAUCCGCUGUACCGGAAUUGUUUACAUAUCUUUAUAGAAUGUACUGAGUCAUUUUAAACAAAGUUGUCAAAAAUCAGCACAGCAUAGAUUAAGUUCAGAAUCGGUCUCAUUUUUCAGCAUUUAUGUCAUCAAAUGCCCCUGUAAAUAUGGGAGCAAAAUGUAGGCUGUUUGUCUUUUUAUGUUUAGGCCAUAUGAAAUGCAUAUUGAAAAGCAGUAUAUUUGAUUGUAUGUCUGACAGAUGUGUAAUAUUUUUGAUAUGCAGAAAUUACAUACAACAUGAUUUGUGUACAUUCCAAAUGCUUGUCCAGUAUGUUUAUUAAAUAAAAAUUUAAAAAUGGA